CCCACAUGCCCAGGUAGACACCCCACUAUGCCCGAGUACCUCUUUCUCUCUCGUCACUUAUCAUUAACCAACCAUACUAGACGCAACUGUCGACGUCUUAUUCCUCCUUUCUCUCGUCCUACACAUACACAUACACAUACGCUGCCGCUUACCCGCAGAGACAACAUCCUCAAAACUACUUACUUCUAAAUCUAAACCCCCAGGCCACCACCCUCCAACACCACCAAGAUGAUGAUCAAAGUGAGAACCCUUACGGGCAAGCUGAUCUCGCUCGAUGUCGAGCCUACCUCCAAGAUCGAGGAUGUCAAGAAGAAGGUCGAGGAGAAGGAGGGAAUCACACCCGAUCAGCAGCGACUUAUCUACGGCGGAAAGCAACUACACGACCAGUUAACCAUGACGGAUGCCGCCAUCGUUCCCGACGCAACUCUACACUUAGUCUUGACCCUGCGUGGCGGCUGCUGCUAGACACCCCCUCCGAUCCGAACUCUGGAUUCCAAACCCCCAACUCCCAGCCACGUAUUCUGUCAUACUGCGCCCUCGAUACCCAGGCAGCCAUCACACCUCCUACUUCUCAAGCUAGAGUCUGCAGCAGUACCGGCAGGGAUGACAAGGUCUACGACGGCGUUUAUGCGGGGAAUUAUUAAUAGUGCUGCCGUCGGCAAAGAUCGUGGACAAGCCUGCGCAUAUUGGAACUUAUGCUCCCUGCUGUUACGGAAGACUCCUGUUCCACUAAGUAGACUUGGCAUCGCGGAAUUGCCGCUAAUACAUAGACCAUAAGUACGCGGACCCACGCGCCUAGAAGUAGCGUUCCGAAUUAAGAUGAAUUACAUGAA